AUGGGGAAUUGCGUGGCUUUAAAUUAUUCUUGUGAUCAGACAGUGAAUCAAAUCUUUAGAUGCUUAUGUGGUAAAGGUCAUAUUCGAAACCUCAAGGAAAAUCUCAGGGCUCUGAAGAGGGAGAUGGAAGAUCUCAAAGCAAUUCAACAACAGGUGAAGCACAAGGUUGAAAGAGAGGAGGCACAACAUCGACAAAGGCUUGAACCUGUCCAGGUAUGGCUUACACGUGUCCAGAGAAUCGAUACACGAGUCAUUGAUCUGCUUAGUACUAGUCCGGUUCAGCUUCAGAAGCUGUGUCUCUGCGGUUUAUGUUCGAAGAGCGUGUGUUCGAGCUACAAUUUUGGGAAAAGUGUAUUCAUGUUAUUAAAAGAGGUUAAAAUUCUCAAAUCGGAGAGUGGUUUUAAAGAGGUCUCUGAGCUGGCUCUGACAUAUGUAGUGGAAGAGAGGCCUACUCGGCCUACAGUUGGUCAUGAAAAAAUUCUCGAAGAGGCAUGGAAUCGGAUAAACGAAGAUGGGGUCGGAAUCAUGGGUCUGCACGGUAUGGGUGGUGUAGGAAAAACAACACUUUUCAAGAAAAUCCACAAUAAGUUAGCUGGAAUGGGUGGGUUUGACUUUAUGAUCUGGGUCGUGGUGUCUCAAGGCACAAAAAAUUCAAAGCUACAAGAAGAUAUUGCACAAAAGCUACACCUUUGUGGCGAUGAGUGGACGAACAAAAAUGAAAGUGACAAGGCCACUGAUAUACAUGGAGUUUUGAAGGGGAAGAGAUUUGUGCUGAUGCUGGAUGACGUAUGGGAGAAAGUGGAUUUGGAAGCCAUCGGAGUUCCCUUUCCAACUAGAGAAAAUGGAUGUAAAGUAGCUUUCACCACACGUUCUCGCAAAGUAUGUGGGCAGAUGGGGGAUCAUGAGCCGAUGCAAGUCAAGUGUUUGGAACGUAAUGAAGCAUGGGAGUUAUUUAAAAACAAAGUCGGAGACAAUAACUUAAGCGAUCAUGUCAUUGUACAGCUUGCAAGAAAGGUCGCUGAGAAAUGUCAUGGCCUGCCACUAGCGCUCAGUGUCAUUGGCGAGACAAUGGCAUCUCAAACUACGGUACAAGAAUGGGAGCAUGCGAACGAAAUUUUGGCUACAUCCGCUGCAGAGUUUUCUGACAUUGAGAAUAAAAUUCUUCCAAUUCUGAAGUACAGCUAUGAUAGCUUGGUGGAUGAACAUAUCAAGUCAUGUUUUCUCUAUUGUGCUCUGUUUCCGGAGGAUGGUCUAAUAAAUAAAGAAGAGUUGAUGGAGUAUUGGAUAUGCGAGGGAUUUCUCGGGGAAUGCCAAGUUAUAAAAAGAGCAAUGAAUAAGGGUCAUGAGGUACUUGGUACUCUUGUCCGUGCAAAUUUACUGAUGGAAGUUAAUACAAACACAGUUGUGAUGCAUGACGUGAUUCGCGAAAUGGCUCUAUGGAUUGCAUCAUGUUUCGGAAAACAGAAAGAGACUUUUUUGUGCAAGCAAGAGCCGGAUUACCUGAAAUGCCAAGAGUCGAGAAUUGGGGAACUUGAACUCCCGGAGCAGAUAUCGGAGCUGGCAUCCUUGCGGUAUCUUGACUUGUCGUUUACAAGUAUAGAGAAACUGCCUGUUGGUUUCCAAAAGUUAAAAAAUCUUACUCACCUGAAUUUGACUGAUGUUGACUUAGUGAAGGAGCUGCAGCUCUUGGAGCAUCUACAAGUUCUAAGCAUAACCAUAUCUACUGUGUUGGGUUUGGAGAAAUUAUCAAGAGAUCAAAGGUUGGCCAACUGCAUCGAUAUUCUCGAGAUUUGCUAUUUUCAACAAACUACCUUCAAUAUAUCAUUGCUGAUGAGAAUGGAGAAUCUUCGUGUUUUAAACGUGGUGGAAAGUAAUCAUGUAUGGGAGAUUAAUACAAAUCUGAAGUGCAAAGAAAGAGAGACGAACUCGUCUUAUUUACACAAUCCUACAAGUCCACGUCUUAUCAACCUCUGUAGUGUGCAUAUAAGUAGCUCUCAUAGCAUUAAGGAUCUGACGUGGCUAAUGUAUGCUCCAAAUCUUGCCCACCUAUCCAUUAAACAUUCAGAAGAAAUGGAAGAAAUUAUAAACAAAGAAAAAGCAACCAAUCUUUCAGGUAUUUCACCAUUUCAGAAACUAGAAUGGUUAUGGUUAGAAAGUUUGCCUAAGCUGGAGAGUAUCUACUGGAGUCCUCUUCCUUUUCCAUUAUUGAGAAAGAUAGUAGCAAUAAACUGUCCAAAGCUGAGAAAGCUUCCGUUAGAUGUUACAAGUGUCCCACGACUAGUGCCACUUGGAGGAUUUAAGAUAAUAAUGGAUCCUCUACAACAGAAAAUGGAGCUUGAAUGGGAGGACGAAGAGACCAAAAGUCAUUUCUUUCCUUUUUUCGAUAGGUUAGCCUGA